AGCCUAAGUUAUAAAACCAUGGAUGAAACUAGGGGAGGGGAGGAGAAGGGGCUGCACAUCAAGGAGUGGUGUACAGUCUAACUCAAAGUCCUCAGCUCAUACGGAGAGUAACAACAGGCUGGUAUAUGCUGCAGGCUUCCUGCACUCAUGGCUCGGUUCUCCCUCGCAGAAGUGGGCCUGCUGCUUCUGUUAGUGCUGGCCUUGAUGGUCAGUGCUGAGACAAGCAAAAAGAGGGAGAAGACACUGAGGAGGAAGAAGAGAGAGUGGAUCCUUCCUCCUUUCAAGGCGCUGGAGAACACUGACUACUCACAUUUGCCGUUCAUUGCAAAGAUUCGCUCUGAUAAAGCAAAACAUGCAAAGAUGGAAUAUUACCUCGCUGGACCAGGAGCUGACAAACCACCCUACAACCUGUUUGUGGUGGACCAUGACACUGGGUUUGUACGCAUGACUGGUAAACUGGACCGGGAAAAACAUGCAUCCUACAAUCUAACAGGCAUUGCUAGAUACACAAAUGGAACCAAAGCAGAGGAUGACAUCCCACUGACUGUCACAGUUGUGGACCAGAAUGACAACCCACCUUACUUUGAGCUGCAUAGAGGGAACAUCUCAGAGGCAAGCAAAGCAGGAACCCUUGUAAUGCAGAUUGAGGGCAAAGACAAUGACCAGGCUGGAACACCUAAUGCAGAGAUCGCUUACAGCAUCAUUAGCCAGGAGCCAAAGAGCGCAGGGAACAUGUUCCGUCUCGAUUCAAAGACAGGCAAGCUGUAUGUCAAAGAGCCCACACUGGACAGAGAGACUAUUGACUUCUACAAGCUGGUUGUAAUGGGAACUGAUAUGGGAGGGGCACCAGGGGGGCAAACUGGUACAGGAACUGUGGAGAUCAAGAUUCUGGACAUCAAUGACAACUUCCCUACUUUGGAGAAAUCUGAGUACGCUGGCUCAGUGGAUGAAAAUGUUGUUGAUGUAGUUGUGAUGAAAAUCAAAGCUCUGGACAAAGACCUUGAACACACAGACAAUUGGCUGACUAAAUUUACAAUUGCCAAAGGAAAUGAAGAUAAUCUCUUUACCAUCAAGACAGACGAAGAGACCAAUGAGGGUAUCCUGAUGCUGGUCAAGCCUGUGGAUUUUGAAGAAGUCCAAAAUCUUGAGCUUGGCAUACUCAUUGAGAAUAUAGCUCCUCCUGUGAGGGGUACUGCGCAAAUGAUGGACGUGAACGUCAAGGUUGGAGAGGGUGGUGCUCUGGCUACUGGAGCUGGAGCCGGAGCUGGAGCUGGUGUUGGGGCAGACCUGGGAGUAGACAUGGGGCUGGAUGCAGAUUUGGGUCUAGAUUUAGAUUUGGGUCUAGAUGCAGAUUUGGGUCUAGAUGCAGAUUUGGGCCUAGAUGCAGAUUUGGGUCUAGAUGCAGAUUUGGAUGUAGAUGCAGAAGUGGAUCUAGAUGCUGACCUGGAUGUAGGGUUGGAUGGUAAACUUAAACCUGAUAUAGGGCUAGGCCCUGGAGUUGGGAUUAAACCUGGUGUUAAGCCUGGUGUUAAGCCUGGUGUUAAGCCUGGUGUUGGGCCUGGUCUUGGGCCUGGUCUUGGGCCUGGUCUUGGGCCUGGUCUUGGGCCUGGUCUUGGGCCUGGAGUUGGGCCUGGAGUGGAUGUUGGCCUUAAGCCAGGUGUCAAACCAAAAAAGCCAAAAAAAAAGCCAAAGCCAACUGCACCAGCAAAAAGCUAUCCCAUUAAGAUAUCAGUAAAUAAUGUGCCAGAGGGUCCUGCAUUUGUACCCACCAUCAUGGAAGUUCCUGUGUCUGAGGAUCCAAAUGAGGCACCUGAAGAUGGAAUAAUCGGCGUUUUCGCUGCUGUUGAUCCAGAUACUAAAAAAACGGCUGAAGAUGUCAGUUAUGUCAAAGCCUUUGAUCCAGACAACUGGUUUACGAUAGAUGAAGAAACAGCUGAGAUUAGACUCAACAAGGUACCAGACAGAGAGUCACCAUUCUUGGUGAACGGCACCUACAUUGCCAAGAUUCUGGCUAUGACAAAAGACAUGCCAUCAAAGACAGUCACAGGAACAAUAGCUAUUCAGGUCAAAGACUCGAACGACCACUGUCCUACCCUGACAACCACCCACAGUGACCUGUGCUCUGAUGAAAAAACUGUUAUUGUAACUGGCUUUGAUGAAGAUGUUAGUCCCAACGGUACUCCAUUCACAUUCAGAAUCAUACCUGAGGGUACACGAGGCAGCUGGGUUGCAGAAGUCCUCAAUGAAACUAGUGCUGCUUUUCAUUCUACUGAGGCGCUGUGGCCUGGCUCAUAUGAGCUGCAGGUGGAGAUAUUGGAUGCUAAAGGUCUUUCCUGCCCAACCAAUGAGAUUUUUACUGUGGGUGUUUGUGACUGUGUGGAAAGAGAUGACUGCAAAUUGGAGACUAUUGGAGAAACAACUACAUCUACUGAGCUUGGUGGCCCAGCCAUUGGCCUACUGUUUAUGGCAAUGUGCUUACUGCUGUUCAUACCACUUCUCCUGGUAUUCUGUCAGUGUGGAGGAGCAAACACCAUAUUUCCAGACCAAUUUAGUGAUCUACCAUUUGACACCAAAGAACACCUGAUAUCCUAUCACACUGAAGGCAUAGGCGAGGAUAAGGAAGUUCCACUCCAGAGUGUCCCUAUUUUGCUUGGUACCCAAAGGAAAAUAGAGACAGCACCAGCACCAAACUUUAACACUAUGCCUUCAGCAAUGAGAGACAUUCAUCAUACAACAACCUACAAUGAAACUAUGCAGAAGUUUCAGGAAACCUCCCAAAAUCUGAUGGAGAUUGACGACGCAUACGGGUUUUCAAGGGAGUCGUUCAACUACGUCAAUGACAGUGCUACAUUCAACAGGCAAACACUUGGUUUCCAACAUACAACAGCUCUGUAUGAGGAUAUGGCCCUUCCUGAUUCUUUCCUCAAUGAUUACUACUCACAGAAAGCUGUGUGUGCUGUACCCGUGAAGGAUGGUCUGCUAGAAUAUGAUUUUGAGGGCCAGGGCUCCUUUGCUGGCUCAUUGAGCUGCUGCAGUCUUCUGGAUUCUGACAAUGACCUGUCGUCCCUCACUAACCUUGGGUCGAAGUUCAAGACUCUGGCUGAGAUCUGUUCCCCUCCUAGAACAACACCCGAACUGACACACACAACUACACGUGCUGUCAAAACCACAGUUGAUGGAGUAGAGCCAGUUUUAAAGUCCAAAUUUGAGCAUAUUGUUGACACACAGCAAACAGACAUAAAGACCAAGAAAGUUAUGUCAUCUACUAACAUCUUAAAAUCAUCUGUCAGUACAGUAAGCACUGGUCCACCACCAAUGGCAGUUUCUCAUUCCAAGGUUACAAACACCAGCCAUUCCUCUAACGUUACUCAUUCUGGUACACUGCCCUAUCCACCUCAAACAGUUGUGCUACAGCAACAGCCAAUUUACUACACUACCAGCCCUGUACUGCAACCCAUGAGCUAUGUAGUUCAACCACAUCUACAGAACACUGUUCUGCUGGCAGAUGGGUCCCACGGAGCAAAUUUUCAAGGCCUAUAUGUAGUCAGUGGUCCCCAAAGUCCUUCUGGACUUGUAAUAGGUGGACCUCAAGGCUCUCCUUCUGGACUAAUCAUCCAACACACCGAGAGCUCCAAAAGCCCCAAAAGUCCCCAAAGCCCUGCUAGCACCACCAGCCAAGUCAGCCCCACCCUGUUGCUACCUGGUAGCCCAGAUGCAUCACUGUGCUCAGUCCCGGCCGAGGGCUGGAAAAUAAUUGGGCCAAAUUCAGAUGGCAAUUAUAUGUUAGUCAAGAAUAACAGUAGUCCAGAUGCAGCAGAGGGGUUGGGCCCAGGCUCAUCUCAGGGCAUUUUGCCUGGAGGUGCUAUCCUGGUGAAAGAGGCUGCUCCCCCUCAGGGGGUGUUAGGUUUGGCAGCCAAGGGGAGUGUGUAUGGCAGUUUGCCAGGUCAUGCUGCUACUAUACAGGGGGGUGAUGUUGCAAUAAAUAGGUAUUUGGGGCAAACAUGGAUUGGGCAGCCAGGGCAGAUGGGGUUAGGACCAGCUGCUGUUUUGAGAGUUGAUACCGGGCAGCCAAAAAUGGGGUUGGGACAUGUAGGAGCACUGAAGGUAGAAACAAGACAGGCUGAAAUUUGUCCAGCUGGACUAAGUACACUUGGAAUUGAGCAGGUCAGCAUUAAUCAGUUCCAAGGAAGUCACCCAUUCGAGAAAACCACUAGUACCGCUAGUAUUCCCAAACCAUGUAGACAAGAUUCACAACAUAAAGACAAGGCCAUUAAAGGCUUCACAUCAGAUGAUAAGAAUCCAAAUGAGGUGAUCAAAGUUGCAUUUGAUGAUAGUGAAGGUGUCCAACAAUAUCUAAUACAAACAUCAACCAAUUCUUCCAUUAUAAAUCUUGAAGAAAAUACUGUAAAGUCAUUAUCAGAGCCAGAAGUAGUUCAGAUAUCAGAUGAGCCAUGUGACAUAGUGGUUGAGAAACGAGAAGAUACAAAAGACAAAACUGGGCCUGAUCAAUUGCAUAAAAUCACUGAGAUUCCAACAACCAAAUUUAUAGAUGUGAUAAAUCUGACAGCAGGACACAUUUAUCCAGAAGAGAAUCCAGAAGAGUUGAAUGCUCCACAAUUAAGAAAAGAGAAAAAUCAUGUCCCUCCUGAAACUUUUUCUGGGGAAAAUACAUCUACGGUCACUCAGAUUACUUCCACAGAAGAUUUCCUACCUGAGGCUGAUGUCACUGAUUUAAUUCAUAAGGAUAAAGAAAGGGAGGAAAAAUCAACGUUUCCUGAGGGAGCAGACUCCACUUCGACAUCAGACCACGUCAACAAUGUUGAUGAUCAGACAUGUGAUAACACAGCACAAAGUGGGGACAGACAGGAAACAGUUGGGUCAAAACAUCAAUCAAAUAAAGCCACAGGCGAUGAUGAAAAGGAACAGGAAAAAAAUGCCUAUCCAGCAGAGAAAUGUGUUUCAGACUUAAAAACAAAUCAGGCUAUUACCACUUCUUCUAGUAUCCAGGCAGAAGACAAUAAGGUGGAAAUGUCAACCAUCACCAGUGAGGUGACAGAGCAGGAGCAACUGUUUGAAUCUAAAGACGAACUCACUGCUGUGGUUGAUGAAAUGUUAGUGACUUGUCCAAAUGAGAUUCUGACAGACACUGGGAAUGAGUCAAAAGAGAGGCCCAUACUUGAUCAGAAGGUAAUGGAAGAACAGGCAGAUCAUGGUGAAGGGAGCACUACUAUGACUAAGCAAGAAGAAAAGUCCAACUUGACAUUAGAAUCACCUGAAAAUGUUGCUGAAGUAGAGGGCUCUAAUGUACAAACCAUUUCAACAUCAGAGCAACAUUUACCCACAACAAAAGACAAUAACUCUGGCUACAAAGAACCUGUUGAUGAUGUACAAAUUAUAGAAUCAGCAUCAGUAGAUCAGAGCCCAGCCAAUGCAGAUUCAGGCAGUAUAAGUAAUGAAGGGAAAGAGGAGAGUAUUUUGGAGGAAAGAGUGUCACGACAGGGGUCUAGCGCCUCCAGUGACCAAGAUGAAGACACUGAAAAACAAGAGGCAUUGGCGGCCAUAAGUUUGCAGAUAGAGGAUAGCGUAAUGUCAGAUAACAACAUUACUGAUGAGGAAGAAAAUGAGAAUGUUGUGGAGGAAAUGGCGUCAACUGUACAGCAAAAUAUAAGCUACUCAGCUGACCAAAAAGAAGAGAGUGAAGAAAAAGAUGCAUCAGUCACAAGUUCCUCAAUGCAAACGAUUGCAGACAACAAUAUAUGUUUUGAAGAGAAAGGGGAGCAAACUGUGGAAGAAGCUGCUUUAGCGGUACCUCAUCUUAGCAUUUCAAAUGACCAAGAUGAAGAAAUUGAAAAAGAUGCAAAAAGUGUAAUUUAUCACACUCUGUCGGAAGACAGCAUUGAUGAGGAAAUGUCACCUGUACAGCAUAUAACUACUAUGUCAGAUGAACAAGAUGAAAACUAUGAGGACGAAAUGCGUUCCACACUUCCACAAGUACAGGACAACACUGUCUCAGAUGAAAGUGCAAGUGAUAAAGACAAAGAGGUGCUCCCCAAACAGCAAAUGAUUUGUGAUGCAUAUGACCAAGAAGACAAUGAGUGCUCUUACAAAAUGCAUGAUGGAGAUCAGGACAUCAUGACAUCGUCUUUACAUCACAAUGUAAACAUCACAAAUGACCAAGAUGAAAACAGUGCAAAAGAAGACAUGUCAAGCAUCAGCAUAGAGGAAAAAGACAUUGAGUCUGGCCAGUUUACAGAGGAGGCAUCACAGACUGACUGUUAAACCAGAAGAAGAUUCUCAUUAUUAAGUCAACGUACAGAAACAAAUAAGGUUGUGGCAAUGCAAAAGUGAUGGUCAAAUCAAGACAUGCCAUGCAAAGUUAAUACACAUCAUGUAAAGCAAGGAAUGGACGCUUCUCAGAUAGAAGACAUAGCUCUGUAUUAUAUGUGCAAGGACAAGAGAAUGUUAAUCCAGAGUUAGUGAGGGCUUGUAACAUGGAGGAUUUGGACGAUGUGGUCACAUCUUCAAAGGAACUAAGGGUAUCCAGAGUGGCCACAAGUCAGGUAUCUAUGUCCACCAUACGCAAAAUGGCAAGAUGGCAUCUAGAGAAGUACUUGAGAGUAAAAUGACACAUUCUGAUAACCAGAACACAGACAUAAUUAAAGUUAAACAAACUAAGAGUGGAGAUCUCACUUUGGAAACAAGCAAGGUUUUGACCAAGAUGUUACAGAUGGAUUAAAUGACAGCACAAAUAAUUUAUCUGAUCAGGUAUUAAUCCUCUGAACCCCAAAAUCUUUCUUCACAUCCAGAAAUUGUAAAAACAGAAAGAAUCACUUUUUGACAGUUCUUGAACCCUUCAUUGUGUCAAGCCAUUCUACUGAAAACCUAGCCUAACCAGUUCUAACCUUUGGUUGUUGAUAUUUGAACAAAAUAACUUUGUUUUACAUCUAAAACAUACAUCUAAACUGCUUGGGGCUAAGAUGGUAAAUAAUACCAAAUACUCAGUUUUGAAAAAAGAUCCAGGAGUAACAAAUGCCCUCAGGCUGGUGUCUCCCCCUGGCAUUAUUAGAUCACUUGGUGGGGGGUGUUUGCCAUUUCUGCCAGCCCGGUUUCCUGAAGGAAACUGCUUUAGGCAUACAGAACACUUCAAACAUCAGAGAGAUUUUUAAUUUCUGACUUACUUGUUGACUGCACCCACCACCCUUAUAUCAAAUAGCCCCAGCAGGUCCGCUGUUACUUUAUUCCACAGAAUACCUAACAGGCAAGUGGGCCAAAAGACCGAACAACAGAAACCAACACAGGAAUGUUAUUUAGCUGUUGCCGUUGCCAAAAUUGGCCACCAUAAGCUUCCAAACCAAGUGUGGCUGUAACAGCAAAAUCCCACACCCUUUCAGUUUAACAGUGGUGUUGCUAUUGAGAAAGGAAUAAAUGUGAUAUUUCUGCUUUUAUAAUGUACAUGAGCUCGCUUAUAGUAGAAUUAGACAUUUUUGACCACAUAAUUUUGAGGUAAAUUCUUAGAUGUAAUUUAAGACUUCGAGUCAUAGGUGGAAAAGUAUGUAAAAUAGUAAAUACUUACGUAACAUGUCACAUAACCAGAAAACAUUCAAAAUUCAAGUCAAGCAACUGGCUGCUACUAUUCAGUCUACUAAAGGACCUUUAUUAAUGAUUUUGGUGGUGGGUAAGAUGUUUUCAGUUUUGUUUGUUUUGGGGUUUUUUUUUGGGGGGGGGGACCCCUGACCCCUGACCCCUAAUAUCACCAAAUGUGUCUUUCAUUUUAAAAUACAACAUUUGAACUACAAGUAUUUCUUGUUACUUUCUGUUAACUGAAAUGUAAAAACAAAGCAUAUUCUGGGUGUGUCUUGUAAUUACUAAAUGGACAUGUUUAACUAGUUGAAAUGUAAACCAGAAAAAAUAUGUUGGAGUUGGUGAACAUACUUUUCACAUCUGGGUGUAGUGUAUUAAAGCAAAACUACGAUAAUUUUAUCUUUUUUCAUCUCUGCAAUUUCCAUAAUUCAUAAAUGAUCACUACCGUUUGUUUGAAAAAAAAACAGUGGGAAUGGGAUUGCCGAGUGCUGCCAUUAUUUCAUUUAAGAAGUCUGUCAGUCUGAUACAUAAUGUACUUUGUCUUGUGUAAAGUAAGUGUGCGCUGGGUUUUACAUGUCAGUGCUAUAAUGCUUUAUUUUCUUUAGCUCUCUUUUUGAAGCUGAUAUUAGGAUGGAGUGGUGACAGAAAAGUUAUAUUUGUACUAAUCUAAGGCACCUUGAAGAAAACACUUGUAUUGUACAAUAUAAUCCAUUAACAACCUAUGAGUGGUUUGUGUGUUUUUGUCUAAGGGUUAGAGCCAAGGUGUCUACAACUGUUACUAUGCUGGUUUCUUUCAAGUUGCAGUUGUGGCUAGAUUUUUUUGUAAAGAAAUUAGCAGCAAGCAAUUGAUGAAACAGAUCCUUGGACUAUACAAUAAAUGAGUAGGGCAUAUGGACAUAAAUCUAAUGGAAGAACCAAAAUCCUGUGAAUUCUUAAAUUCUUAAAGUUCUUGAAAUCAAUUAGUCCAUGGUUGUUAAAUGCAUUCAGUGCUUCUUGAUUUUUAAGUAUGAUACACAGGUUAAUUUAAGAUUUUAGGGGCCUCUGUUCCCUCUCAUUGGGAUUUUUGUUCGUAUUUGACCAAUAGGUCUGUUGAAUUGACUUUGAGCUUCUCUGAAGUUCAGAUAUUUAAUACCUGACUUGUCUGUAAGCAAAUGAAGCAAAAAAGGACUGUUAAUAAAAUGGAAAACAA